AGGUGUCUUUGGGAGCAUCAGAGAGGCUGGGAUGAUCCCCAGCUACCGUCAGAGCUACUCCAACAGUGGAGAGCUUGGGAAGAAGAGCUGCAGUUUCUCCCCCGAGUCUUUCUGUCCCGCCCAUACCUUCCAAAGCACAUUAAAGAGCAGGUGAGAGAGCGAGAGGUCCACAUAUUUUGUGAUGCGUCAGAAAAGGCCUAUGGCGCAGUAGCCUACCUGAAAACAUUGACAAGUGAUGGCAGCUCACAUUUGGCUUUCUUAGUGGCUCGAUCUCGAGUUGCUCCCAAGCGUGUGCUCUCCAUGCCCCGACUUGAACUGUGUGCUGCCCUCUCUGGUGCUCAGCUCUCCAGUCUCCUUGAGAAAGAACUUACCCUGAGCAUCAAGAGAACCAUGCUGUGGUCUGACUCUACUACAGUACUUACCUGGCUGAAAUCUGAAUCGUGCCGCUUUAAGAUCUUUGUAGGCACCCGCGUUGCUGAGAUCCAAGAGCUGACUCACUUUCACACUUGGCGUUACGUUGACUCCACCCAGAAUCCUGCGGAUGACCUUACAAGAGGGAAGUCACUUCUGGAGCUGACCAGGCCCAACAGAUGGAGUCAAGGACCUUCCUUCCUGCUCCUAGAACCAGAUGAGUGGCCUGCAGAUCCAAGUGAAACCAAGCAAGAGCCCCCCGAUCCUAAUGAACUUCGGAAGGAGACCUUCUGUGGAGUUUCAACAGCUGCUGACCAUGCCAUAUCAAGUUUCAGGCAGUAUGACACCUGGAAGCAGCUGGUGGAAGCGACCAUCCUGAAGUUACACGGGGCGGCCACCAGAGACGGAUCCAUAUCAGCCGAAGAUUAAC